UCGUGAAAUUAUAGAGGAAUAGGGGGCACUCAAGUAAAUUGACAUUUUUAGGUGGCUUCUUUCUGAUCUCAUUAUCUACUCCUCUAUUGGCCAGAGCCAGACUCGAGCCAAUAAUAAGUCCUUGGCGAGAUCACUAUAUCUAAAGAAAAGAGUGAAGAUUAAUGUGAGUGCAAUUUUGAAUAGAACCAAGAUGGCCAUUUUUUCAAGUCACCACAGAAUGUUGGUGUCUCUCUUGCUUACGUUGGUCCAAAUCCAAGCCAAGGUGUUUUGCUAUCAAUACAAAGUGGGAGAUCUAGAUGCUUGGGGCAUACCCACAUCAGCAAAUCCACAAGUCUACACAAAAUGGUCCAAAUAUCAUAAUCUCACAAUUGGAGACUCCCUUUUAUUUCUAUACCCACCAAGUCAAGAUUCAGUGAUUCAAGUUACAGAGGAAUCCUACAAGAGGUGCAACAUUAAAGACCCGAUAUUGUACAUGAACAAUGGCAACUCUUUGUUUAACAUUACAUCAAAGGGCCAAUUCUUCUUCACUAGUGGUGAGCCUGGCCAUUGCCAAAAAAAUCAAAAGCUUCAUAUAUCUGUUGGUGAAGGAAUAAUAGAAACUAUGGAUACAGCACCUGGUCCAAGUUCGUCAUUGCCUGCAUCUGCACCCUCCUAUCCCACAGUAUUUGGCAAUAUUCCAGUAGCUCCUUCAACCUCAACCUCACCUCAACUCACAUCAACUUUUCAACUUCUCAUCAUUGGAUUUAUGAUAUGUGCGCACUUCGCUUCCUUAAUGUGAAAUUAAAAUGUCCAUGUCUUUGUUGCCAUCGAGAGCGUAGAUCAAUUGACUCAAGAUUAUUCAAGCUUAAUUGGUAAUGUUGAGGUGGAAUUUUGGAAAUGCAUAUAUGUCAAAGAGAAAACUUUAUCAAGCAUCAUGAUCUACUUGAUUCGAACAAGAUAGAUACACUGUCUUUACCUAAAAUAAUGUCCAUGUCUUUUAUUUUUUCUUGCAUUUUUUGUCAAUGCUCAAUACGUCUCCAUGUUGAUUUUUUUUUUCUUUUUCAGUUGACCCGAAUACGGGCGUACCCAGUACCUAUAUAUUAUAUUAUAAUUCUUUUAGCAAUGUAAUUCUUUGUGAUUGGAGAUUUCCGUAAAACAGCGUCAAUUCUUCAUUUAUUAAGGAGGAAUUUGGCAAA